AUGAGUCGAGGGGCCCGCGAUCGGCACCGUCAGUCCAGGCGGCGCAGCCACCUGCGCGGGCGCGCGCUGGUCACCCACACCCGGUGCCACUCGGCGCCCGGGGUCUGCGGGCAGGACGAGCUCUCGGCGGCGCGAGGGGCCAGUGGAGCGGGCAGCUGUGGACACGGAGCGCGGGGUGCCGGCCAAGCGGCUGCGCGCCCGUGCGCCCUGCUGGGUUGGGGACAGCCGCUGGUUGCCGGCGAACCGAGCUGACGGAUUACAGCGGAAAGGCAAAGAUGUCACAGUGGAUCUUUCGCCUCCAAGACCCGUUAAGGUGAGAACAAGAUCUUCAGCUGGUUGGAACGAGCCUCAGAUUGUAAGGCAGCUGUGGACAUGGCGUAUGAACUACUCAACGGGAGCCAGCCAUGGCCUCCCUCUCCAUUCGACCUCAAUGGCUCUGUGGCGACAGCCAACAUUUCAAAUCAGACAGAGCCAUACUAUGACCUGACCAGCAAUGCAGUCCUCACAUUCAUCUACUUUGUGGUCUGUAUCAUUGGGCUGUGUGGCAACACGCUGGUCAUUUAUGUCAUCCUCCGCUACGCCAAGAUGAAGACCAUCACCAACAUUUACAUCCUCAACCUGGCCAUCGCGGAUGAGCUCUUCAUGCUGGGGCUGCCCUUCCUGGCCAUGCAGGUGGCCCUGGUCCACUGGCCCUUUGGCAAGGCCAUUUGCCGGGUGGUCAUGACUGUGGAUGGCAUCAAUCAGUUCACCAGCAUUUUCUGCUUGACCGUCAUGAGCAUUGACCGAUACCUGGCUGUGGUCCACCCCAUCAAGUCGGCCAAGUGGAGGAGACCCCGGACGGCCAAGAUGAUCAGCGUGGCUGUGUGGGGAGUCUCUCUGCUGGUCAUCCUGCCUAUCAUGAUAUAUGCUGGGCUUCGGAGCAACCAGCGGGGGAGAAGCAGCUGCACCAUCAACUGGCCGGGUGAAUCUGGGGCAUGGUACACGGGCUUCAUCAUCUACACCUUCAUCCUGGGGUUCCUGGUGCCCCUCACCAUCAUCUGUCUUUGCUACCUGUUCAUUAUCAUCAAGGUGAAGUCCUCUGGAAUCCGUGUGGGUUCCUCCAAGAGGAAAAAGUCUGAGAAGAAGGUCACCCGGAUGGUGUCCAUCGUGGUGGCCGUCUUCAUUUUCUGCUGGCUCCCCUUCUACAUCUUCAAUGUCUCUUCUGUCUCUGUGGCCAUCAGUCCCACCCCAGUCCUUAAAGGCAUGUUUGACUUUGUGGUGGUCCUCACCUAUGCUAAUAGCUGUGCAAACCCCAUCCUGUAUGCCUUCUUGUCUGACAACUUCAAGAAGAGCUUCCAGAAUGUCCUCUGCUUGGUCAAGGUGAGCGGCACAGAUGACGGGGAACGGAGUGACAGUAAGCAGGACAAAUCCCGGCUGAAUGAGACCACGGAGACCCAGAGGACCCUCCUCAAUGGAGACCUCCAGACCAGUAUCUGAACUGCCUGGAAAAAAUCAAUCAAUAAAACGCCGAGCUCUGCCGACUGGCAGUGUGCUCCCCAUCGCGUCCCCUCCCUUCCUCCCACCCAUCGCACCUGGCUUCUAAAAUAGGGAAUUGCUCAGCAUGAGCCCAAUUCAGAGAACAGUGUUUGACUCAGGCUUGUCUGAGUGAAUGAUAAUGCAUUAAAUUGAUUACCUUCCCCCUUAAAGUGAACAUUUCAAUGCAGGCAGACAAUUCAGCGUCUGGAGAAGAGAUCAUGCCUGGGUGUGAUCUUUAGAAAUGUUGAAGCUCAACAGAAAUAGAAAACUCUGUGUUUGCGUGUUUAAAACCCAAUGCGUAAUCUUGUGGUCGUACAUUUAUACUUGUAUAUGUCGAUGUCAUCCCUGUACAGUCAUUCCCUGCGUUUCCUGAGUUCAAGUACACAAGUAUUAAGUUCAAAUGUGCUUAGUAUAGGUGGACAUUUAUUUCAAUAUGGUACCUGCGGAAAUGGACUUACCAUGAAGCCAAUGAAGUUUAAGCUUCAGGGAUCUCUCUUGCUUGGGCAGUAUGUUUACAUGGCCAUAUGUUUUUGUAAAAAAAAAAAAAUUGUAAAAGUAAGGUAUUUUUGUAUUCUCUUUCUUAAAGAGAUCUCCUUAAACUGUAUAAGCUUCCAGCCUCACAAAACCUUUCUCUGCCCCUGGGUAUUUGCUUCACCAAUUUCAGGCAAGUCAGGUCAAAGUAAGAAUGGAGGGAGAGAAGAUAUUUGAGGACCCAGAACAUAAAUUUACGCAUUUUCUCUUCUUAGAUAUAAUCAAAGAAUUACUCAUCUGCCCAAAAGGACUUAAAAUGGUCCUGAUCGUCUAUCAUUGCAUUUAUCAAGACAAGGUCUGCUUUGUUAUAAGAUUGCACAUUUUUCUUCUCAAAUUGCUUUAACUUUUUUUAGGAAGCCAUAGAGGGGGUGUGGGGUCGGGUAGGAAUCACAAACAUGAAAAGGAGAAAAUGGACUGUAAUUCUUGUGGGAAACAACAGUAUUCUCCCCACCAUGAAAAUAAAUGAAUAAGAA